UUUCAAAUAAUUUUCUUUUAUUUAUUUUUGCACAAUUCUUUUUUCUUUUUUUGACCCCCAUAAUCAAUGAUCCACGCGCCUGUAUAAAUACUCCCUCAACACCCAAAUUCUCAAACCAUUCAACUUUUCCUCAACCUUUUUUCCUCUGUUUCUGUUCUUUGGGCACUGAAAAUGGUGAAAACGACGCCGCUUUCGUGGACGCGAACUAAGUCUGUCAUCGGAAAGGGCUCGUUUGGUACUGUGAGUGUCGGAAUCGGGAAAUCGGACGGUCGGAUCUUCGCGGUUAAAUCUGUAGAACAGAGUAUUGGAUUCCGGCGACAAAUUGAGUCUUUAGAGAACGAAAUUCGGAUUCUCCGAUCGUUGAAUUCGCCUUACGUUGUGGGCUUUCUUGGCGAUGAUGUUUCCAAUGAGUCUCCCACGACGUCGUUUCGAAACCUGCAUAUGGAGUAUUUGCCAGGUGGUACGGUCGCCGACGACGCCACUGCCGCCGGCGAUGAUAAGCUUUUACGUGAGAGGACACGGUGCCUCGUUUCGGCUCUCAGUUACAUUCAUUCCAAAGGAAUUGUUCAUUGUGAUGUUAAAGGGAGGAACAUUUUGAUCGGAUUGAAUCCCAGGGUUGUCAAAUUGGCUGAUUUCGGCUCUGCAAUUGAACUUUCCCGCGCCGGUGACAGGUGUCUCGGUUCGAUUGCGCCACGUGGGAGUCCACUGUGGAUGGCACCGGAGGUGGUCCGGGGAGAAUUUCAAGGGCCGGAAUCGGACGUUUGGUCAGUUGGGUGCACGGUCAUUGAAAUGGUCACCGGAAAACCAGCGUGGGAAGAUUUCGGAGCCGAUACACUUAGUCGAAUCGGAUUUUCGGACGAUUUGCCGGAUUUUCCAACACGGUUGUCGGAUGUCGGCCGGGAUUUUCUCCGGAAGUGUCUCAGAAGGAAUCCUAGUGAACGGUGGAGCUGUGAUCGGCUGCUGCAGCAUCCAUUUCUUGCGGCGGCGGCCUCGCCGGAGAUUGCCGUAGAGAAUUCCCCCAGGUGCGUGCUUGACUGGGUCAACGGCAGUUUUUCCGACGACGAGGAGGAAAUUCCGAUCGCCAACGAAACCUCCGGCUUCGGCGGGCAGGAAAGUGAACUCUCUGGUAAGGAAAGAAUUGGGAAAUUGAGUACGAGUGUAUGGCCGAAUUGGGAAUCGGAUGGUUGGUCGCCAGUGAGAAGUUGUUGCAGUGAAGCAGCGGCGGAGACGGAGGCGAUCUGUCGGGAAGAAGAAGAAGAUGACGAAGGGGCAGAAUGGGAAUAUGGGAAUUUGAGAGGGGUAGAAGGGGAAAUGGAGGGGACAAGUUCGGAAUAUUUGGAGUUUGUAGCAGACAAUCACGGAAAAUUGGGUGCCGAAUAUUCAAAUCAUGGCGGUAUGAAAAUUCCGGAGCGGCCACGUAAUAAUUACGGCGGCAGUGACGGUGACGGUGGCGGUAGCGGUGGAUUAAGUUUCCGGCGGUGGGGGUCUGAAAGAGAUGAAAUUACAACGAUAACCUCGUGGAAAUACUCAAUUGAAUGGAUAUUAUGUUAUUAUUAUUAUUGGAAAAUAUUAAUGAAGCAAUUGGUGUUAUUUGGGAAUUACACUUUAUUACCUUUGUGCCUAAAAACAUUGCCUUAAAUUAUAUAUAAAAAAAAAACUUAAAAUCAAUUAAUAAA